CUGAGGCCGAUCCGGGCCCGGGCCACGAGGACUUCCGGCCUCGGAUCGUGCCGUACUACCGGGACCCCAACAAGCCUUACAAGAAGGUGCUCAGAACUCGCUACAUCCAGACAGAGCUGGGAUUCCACGAGAGGCUAUUUGUGGCAGUGCUGACUUCCAGGGCUACCCUGAAUACACUGGCGGUGGCUGUGAACAAGACCAUAGCUCAUCACUUCUCACGCUUGCUGUACUUCACAGGGCUGCGCAGUGCCAAGGUGCCUCAUGGCAUGGUGCUGGUGGCCCAUGGGGAUGAGCGACCCAUCUGGCUGAUGUAUGAGACCAUGUACUACAUCCACCAGCACUUUGGUUCUGACUACGACUGGUUCUACAUCAUGCAGGAUGACACCUAUGCCCAGGCUGAACAAGUCAAGGCUCUGGUGACACAUCUCAGUAUUAACCAGGACGUCUACCUGGGACGAGCAGAGGAGUUCAUUGGGGGAGAUGAGCAGGCUCGCUAUUGCCAUGGUGGCUUUGGCUACCUGCUGUCCCGCAGCCUGCUGCUGAAACUUCAUCCACACCUGGACAGCUGCCGCAACGAGAUCCUCAGUGUGCGCCCGGAUGAGUGGCUGGGACGUUGCAUCAUCGAUUUCCUUGGCAUCGCUUGUGUGUCCCAGCUCCAGGGUCAGUAUUACCAUACAUAUGAACUGGCUAAAAAUGCUGAUCCAGAGAAGGAGGAGGAAGAGGAGUUCCAAGCAGCUAUUGCUGUGCACCCUGUUUCUGACAUGAUGCUGAUGUACCGGCUGCACAAGCGCUUCAGCAGGAUCCAGCUGGAGAGAGCCUACCAGGAGAUCCAGGAACUGCAGAUGCAGAUCAGGAAUCUGACGUCGCUGACUCCUGCGGGCGAGGCAAGCUUGACGUGGCCUGUGGGGAUUAAUUCUCCGUUUCUUCCAAAGUCGCGUUUUGAGGUAAUCAGCUGGGACUACUUCACUGAGCAGCACCUCUUCUCCUGCCUUGAUGGCUCCCCCAAGUGUGAGCUCUCUGGAGCCAGCAAAGCAGACGUCAGUGACAUCAUUGAGUCAGCACUUGAGCACCUUAACAGCCACUACCAGCCCUUGCUCCGGUUCAGCAAGCGGCAGUUGCUGAAUGGCUACCGGCGCUUUGACCCCACCCGAGGAAUGGAAUACACGCUGGACCUGCUGCUGGAGGCAGUGACCCAAAAGGGCCACAGUCAUGUUCUAGUUAAACGAGUGAGCUUAGUGCGGCCCUUAAGUAAGGUAGAAAUUAUUCCCAUGCCGUAUGUAACAGAGGCCACACGUGUGCAACUGGUGCUUCCAUUGACCGUACAGGACUUGGAUUUUGUGUCAAACUUCCUGGAUAUGUAUGCUAUGAACACACUGGACACACACGAUAAUGCCUUGUUGACUUUGCUUUUCAUCUACCAUCCGUAUGAUGCCCAGCGAGUCAGCCAGGUAGAUGUAUUUGCUGGAGUCAAGGCCAUGGUAGGAGAGCUGGAGAAACGCUAUGCAGAAGUUAAAAUCCCCUGGAUUAGUGUCAAAACUGAGGUGCCAUCACAAGUGAAACUCAUGGAUAUAGUCUCAAAGAAGCACCCCGUGGACACCUUGUUCUUCUUGGCCAGUGUCUGGACAGAAAUCAACAUGGAGUUCUUGAACCGCUGCCGCAUGAAUACGAUCAGCAACUGGCAGGUCUUUUUCCCAGUGCACUUUCAAGAGUUCAACCCUGCACUGGUAUACCGUGGUGAGCAGACUGCUUCCUCCAGCACUGACUUCCUGAAGGAUGGACAUUUUGACAGACAUUCCUUUGCUGAGGCCUGCUUUUAUAACUCUGACUAUAUGACAGCGCGUACCAAGCUAGCAGCUGAUAUCCUAGAUCGAGAUGAAGUGCUGGAGAGCAUGGAGGUAUUUGAUGUCUUCCUCCAUUAUUCUGGUUUGCACUUAUUUCGGGCUGUGGAGCCUGGGUUAGUGCAGAAAUACGCACUGAGGAGCUGCAACCCCCGGCUCAGUGAGGAGUUGUACCACCGCUGUGUCCUCAGUAACUUGGAAGGGCUUGCAUCCCGCUCACAUUUAGCCAUGGCACUAUUUGAGCAGGAACAGGCCAACAGUACUUGAGAGACUGGAAACAUCAAGAGCUGAGCUGCACCUUAACACUUGGCACUUUCCAUCCCCUUCCGAGCCUGGCCGUGGUUGAAGGGCAUGUGAGGUCAAGGGAGGAGAAAGGCUUUCCCAGCCUUGCUCUGCAGCACAAGCAGGAGCUGUGGAAAGGCUGUUUUUGUGGAGUUUUACUUUUUUGCUUUUGUGUGGGUUGGGGUUGGUUUGAUUUCUGUUGAUUUUUUUUGUUUGUUUAUUUGUUUUUUUAAACAAAUAGAUCUCUUUUCAAGCAGA